GAGCUGAGAUGAUCUGAGAAGAAAACUUGAAAAAUGGCGUCCUCCUCAUCGGCUACGGGCUCGGGGCAACCCGAUGCGGCUUUCUCAAGUUUUAUGACUGAGGUGAAGGCAAUAGAGAAGAGAGAUUCUGCUCUGACGCCCAAGCAGCAGAUUGAGAGAUUGAUCAGACCUGGAAGCACAUAUUUUAACCUGAAUCCAUAUGAGGUCUUACAAGUGGAGACAAGCAUGGAGGUUGCUGAUAUCAAGAAAAAAUUUAGAAGGUUAUCCAUACUGGUGCAUCCCGACAAGAACAUGGAUGAUAGAGAUCGAGCACAAAAGGCCUUCGAUGCUCUCAGCACUGCUAUGAAAACUCUGGAAGAUGAAACAAGCAGAAAGAGUGUCCUGGACACAAUUGAAGAAGCCAGACAGAAGACUGAAUUCCUGCUCGGAGAGAAGAGAAAGCAAUUGAAACGUGACGGCAAACCUACUGCAAUAGAAGAAGACGACCCUCUCAAGUACAAGGAGACCCUCCACAAGACAACAGUGAAGUUGUUUGCCGACUACGCCAUCAGGAGGAAGGAGAUUGAGGAGAAGGAGGCAAGGAUUAAGAAGAGAGAGAGAGAAGAAGAGAUCAAGGAGGAAGACAAGAGCAAGAAACAGAAAGAAUGGCAGAAAGACUGGGAGGAUGGAAGGGACAAGAGGGUUCACAAUUGGAGAGACUUCACUGACCACAACACUGCCAAGAAAAAGAAGAAAAACAGAAUGACCUUCAAGCCCCCAAAGCCCAAGCUGGAGCAGAGAUAAACUAUUAUGAACAAUUUCACAUGUGUAUUGUAGAACAAUGAGGAUUGAGAUGACUUUUAAUGGAAAAACCCUACUGGAUAUAGACGAGAACUCCAGGACAUCGCCUUUUUGGGGGUCAGGUAUAAAACCUUCUUUGUCCUUGUGGCUGUACAGAUGUUAAUUGGUAUUUUAGAUUGAAACGGCAGGGAACUGGACAUUGUGUCUCUGAAUGUCUUCUCUGGAGAGUGCCCUUCUACAAGAUCUGUUUAGUUAGUGUUGUCGCAACCCUGUUCGAAAACAUGUGACCUUUUCUCAUGCCGAAUCUUUCUAAGGGAAGGAGAUGGAGAGUGUUACAGAUGGCAGACUUGAAUAACAGUGAAUGAACCUACAAGUAGUCCUCAGACCCAUGACACAAACUUCAUUGAGAUGGUGUAUACAGUAAAAGUCAACUUUCUUGUAGUCUGAUAAUCGGCAAGUUCAAAGCAAAUUUUCAGACCAAAUACAUGUAGUAACCUUGCUACAAAGACAGCUCUGAUUCAACAGACUCAUUUUCAAAGGAGACUUCACAAGUUUCAGGUCAAGCCUCUGUAAUCAAGACCUGUCGAAAUUAUUUUCUUUUUUUUCAAAGAGGCCCAACUGUAUGCAUUUACCAAUUAUAUCACAUUGUUAUCAAUCUUUUAUCCACAACUUUUUUUAUGUUUCCUAGAAUGCAGAUUUCCAAUGUUCAUGUACUGUAAUGUACAUGUAUCUUUUUUUUUUUGAAUGGCAGCAAUUAUCAAAGUGCCUGACUGAAAAUCCUCCUACUGUAUAUUUCAUUGAAUAGACUAUGAUAAAUGUAUGUCCUUCUUUGAGAUGAUACGUUCUUGCAUCACAUCUUAUACAGAGUUGUUUAUGUUUCAGAUCAGUUGCAGGUGAAAGUUUGAAUAACUCUUAUUGUACAAUGCCUAGUUGUACGCCAUAAAAUGGGGGCCUGAACGCCCAACAUUUAUACUAUUGCACAUGUACAGGCUGUACUGUCCAAAAUGUAGCAUUGCAUGGUAAGAUUAAAUCACAAAAGAAUUCAAUUUAUUGCGCUUAAUGUAGGUACAAUAGCAUAUAUAAGGCCUAUUGGCUGAAUGCUCACUGCUGCUGCAGAUAAAUGUGCUUGAAUCUCGGAGAGAUUUUGCUUCUUGCUUUAAAUAAUCAUGGA